AUGCAAAACAACCCCCCUCAUCCCCCUCCUUCCUCCCAAUCUUCUUCCCAAAAUCCUCUCCGUCACCACGACUCUCCGUUUCCGCCCCUCGACCCCUUCCGCUACCCCUCCAAUGGCAACUCGUCCCUGGUCAGGAGUGAGAGUGCUCCCAUUAAUAUUCUAGAGGAAAACUCUCACCCUUCCUCCCACCACAUCUCGGAUCUCUCCAAUCUCUCAAUUUCGGCUCGUCAACCGUCUCCAUUGGAUUCUGAUCACCCCCGCUCGUCGCAUCAUCACCCGAUGAAUUUUGCUGCAGCCGCGGCUAACUCCAUUCAGUCUGCGCAUACCGCAUCUGCGCACUCUCUCGCUCCGUUUGCCAAUCGCGGUCACCAGCAAAAGCAGAAGCACCACGUACCUACGAACAAACCCCCGCCGGCAAGGUCCCUGUCUUCCGUUGAGUUGGCUGCCAUUGUCAACGGUGUUUCUACCCCGGGAGUUACUGCCGUUCCAGCACACAUGUCGGCCAAUCCAAACGCUACUGUUUUGUCGGCUUCUGCCUCCGCAGCCAAAGCUGCUGGACAGAAGAAGAUCCCAUCAAAUGCUCCUUCCAAUUCAGGAAAGCCUUCAAGUCUGGGCAAUUCUGCCCCCGCUUGGCACAAAACCGUUUUCGACAUGAUCCAGGAGGACUUUCCGAAGACCCCGUCCAACAUGUUUUCUUCUCCUCUUCCUCCUCCCGGCCUAUCUGGAAUUCAAGAUGGCGGCCAACAUGUAGAACACAGGCCCUCUGGCCAUGAGCGAAGAGCUCGUCUCCCGUCUACGGCUUCAUUGGACAUAGAUUUGGACCGCAUCACCGCCGCGGAUUUGGCAAGUGAUCAUGGAACCGCGCGCCCAGCUGACGAGGGAAUGAGGACACAAGAUCUGCCGCCAAGAAUCCAUCAUCGUCGAUCGGCUUCGAUUAAUUGGCCUGCUGAUCUCUCUGGGUUGCGUUCAAACAUGUCGAGGAGUUCUUCUCGUUCCAACGUUGCGGCUUCUCCUCCCAGCGGUGUGUACUUUCCAAGCAAGCCUUCGGACAUUCCUCCCAUGUCUUCACCGCUUUCGUCAGUGGUCACAGGAUCAGGUAGCAUCUCUACGGGGCUACUCCCGGCUGCAGUCGCUGCUUCAGGUUCGUCGUCAUCGGCGCAGUCUACGUCCCCGACGGGUUCUGUUCGAAAGCAUAACGUGGGGGUGUCUUCCCCGCAAGGGUCACCUGCUACCCACCUGACAGGACGUUCAGGGACAAAUGUGUCCCAUGUUUCAAACAGCACACAUUCCCAGAUGAACCCGUAUUCUCUACCCUCAACUGGACACAACGCAAAUACUUCGCUCAGCAGUAUCGACGACCUCAAUGUUCCAGGCCUCGGAAACUAUGACUUGUUUUACGAGCCGUCUGAAGCAGCGGCACUAGGCCUGACGCCAUCUCAGUCGUCAGUAUUUCAGACUCCGACAUAUCCGUCGUCGCAGAGGAAUAUGGCAUUUGCUUCUGGUCUCGAGAAUUCUCAUGCGCAGUCACUUGGGGGUAGUUCCCAGUACGCUAACGUCUUCCCCGGUAUGGGACUUUAUCCUUCCCCGUUUUCCACGAAUCCCUCAGGGGUGGAAUCUGGCACCGGGGUGUCGCCUGGAUAUACCGAAUCAUUUCGUGAUGGUUUAGCCGCAGCAGACAACUUGAAGAACAUGAGCAUCCAGAUGGCGGCCUUUCUUAGUGCCCAGCAGCAGUUUUACGCUGCGCAGAUGGCGCGUAUGGCGGCCAUUACAGGGACAUCUGCAUUUACCGGGAGUCCUACGCCGUACGGAGCUGGUGCGGUCCCUGGAGGACAUGUAGGCCACACCAGCAAUGCGCCACAUAUGAGAUCGCCAUGGGACGCGCGUGAUCCCACUGCCCCCGUGUAUCGUGGUUAUCCACGAUCGAAGCAUCAUUUUGAUCAAUACCGCGGUGGCCCCAAUGCCGGUCCUCACCUUAGCAAUCAGAAGAAGAACACAGGGCUUGACCUGGGACAUAAAAACCGGGGCCCUCACGGAAGGCGUAGGAACCGUGGACAUGAGGACGUUUUUCUCGGUGUGCAUAAGUCUGGCGAGCGUGUCGGGUAUGGAAACGGUGGGCUUAGUGGCAGUAUGCAAGAUUCUUCUCAUACCAGAUCCGCUCUUCUUGAAGAGUUCAGAGCGACGUCUUUAUCUAUCGGACGUGGAAUUGGCUCGGUCGGAGAUGUCAGUCUGAGUGGCGGAUUUGGUGCGGGCAGUGUUGGAUCCAGUCUUCACAGCGGAAGAGAAUGGCAGUUGUCUGAGAUCAAAGAAAACGUUGUGGAGUUUGCUACAGAUCAACAUGGUUCACGCUUCAUUCAACAGAAGCUUGAAUCUGCAUCUCCCGAGGACAGGGACGCCAUAUUGCGGCAAGCCCUAACUGAGGCACAGCGACUCAUGACAGAUGUAUUCGGAAACUACGUUGUCCAGAAACUUCUCGAUCAUGGAGGUGCGAAUGCUGUGAAACUCAUUGCCGCAGAAUUGGAGGGGCGCAUGCUCGUGCUCUCUCUGCACAUGUAUGGCUGUCGGGUUGUGCAAAAAGCUCUGGAAGUUCUUGAGCCUGGAGCGCGCUCUGUCUUGGUCAGGGAGCUUGAUGGGCAUGUACUGAAGUGCAUUCGGGAUCAGAACGGCAACCACGUCAUCCAAAAAUGUGUGGAGUUGGUCGAACCGGAAUCUGUUCAGUUCAUCGUAGACUCUGUCCACGGGCAAGCUGUUCAGUUGGCCGGUCAUUCCUACGGCUGCCGUGUAGUUCAAAGGAUCUUGGAACAUGGGGCUCCCAGUCAGAAGGCACCCAUCAUGGUUGAAAUCAUGUCUUGCAUAACAGACUUGAUCAAAGAUCAGUACGGCAACUACGUCAUCCAGCAUGUUGUGGAACACGGGACUCGAGAAGAGCGUUCCAUCAUCAUGAAUCUCGUGCGUGGGGAGGUCUGUGAUCUUUCCCAACACAAAUUUGCCUCUAACGUCGUUGAACGUUGCCUCCAGCAUGGAUCAUUGGACGAACGUCAGAUUCUGAUUGAAAUUCUUAUCAUGGGGGAAGGAGACCCAAACUCUUCCCCUCUCAACCAUCUUGUUCGAGAUCAGUUCGGGAACUAUGUGGUUCAGCGCGUAUUAGACGUCGCCAGGCCCCCCCAAAGAGAAAGAGUGGUGACUAUUUUGCGGGCUCAAGUGCCCGCUAUCAAAAAAUACUCUUACGGCAAGCAUAUCAUCGCUCGCCUAGAGGAGCAUCAGAGUAACUCUGGAUCGACUAGUUAUCAUCACGGUCAGGGUCACUCGCACAAUGGAGCAAGCCACGGAAGCCUGCAUCGGGAACGUCAUGUGAGCCCAGCGAUGAUGCCGGCAGGGGUUUCACACGGUUUGCCCUCUGGCCCUAAUGAUUACAUCUACUACGGGUAGGUGACGUGAAAGCGGAUUAUUCAUGUUCGAAGUUGCGCUAGUUGCGCUGUGUAUGUCAAGUUUUGUAAGAUGGCAGACCUAGUGCCCUGGGACGCCUUUCAUGUGAUUAUAGGCAUCCUCUGUAUAUGGCGUUCUCGGGUUCAGCAAGUGUCAAAUAUUGUCGAUCAUGCCUUGUCCCCUAAUGAUUCUCUUGAACAUGGAAGUCUUGGAAAUAGCAGCUUGUAUUUUGAACAGCGUGGGCAAGCUGUCGCAGUAUGGUUGGAUCAGACCGGCCUGCAUGUGAAUGUGUUAACUCGAUACCGUUCGGAAUAGUAGGAUUUUCGUCGGUUUAAUUUCCCUUUGGUAGCAGCAGGGGUGCAUUGAGUAGCAAUGUCCCUGCUCUUAUUUCGUACAUACCGUAGUGCCUGCUGGCAAGUAAUUGCACAGUCUUUUAAACGUUACAAGCAAUUGAGAA